AUGUCUCCCCCCACCUUCGACAACCUAACCCUCGACCCUUCCGGCCCCCCAGGAAACGCCUGGGGCCUCUUUGGCCCGGCGAACAACGACCUGGGAAUGCUCAAUCUACUGACCCCGGAAACCGUCCGACAAGCCGCAACCGAGGAAAUCCGCGACGGAGUGCGCAUUUCCCUGGAUCUGCCACUCGACCGUGUGCGAUAUUCCAGCUUUGGUCGAAAACCGUUCGUCCAGGAACUGAUUAAUAAGGUGCCGCGUGGGAUGGGUUUCGGCAUUAUGGGAUUGCGAGUGAGAGAUGCUAACGUGGAGACAUGGGCCAAAAAAGGCGGCAUAACCGGCCGCGGCAUCCUCCUGGACUAUGCCCACUGGGCCAGCAGUCACUCAAUCCCCCUCACCCCCUUCACAACCAGCAGCAUCCCUCUCUCACACCUCCAAUCGCUCAUCACCGAAUACAACAUCUGUCCUCGCCCCGGCGACAUUCUCUUUAUCCGGACAGGUUUCACAGCCGCUUUCAACGCCCUUACCCGAGCCCAGGAGGAGGAGCUCGGCAAUCGCCCAGCGCCCAGCUUCGCGGGCAUCGAGAACGGAGAGGCCAUGUUGCGCUGGCUAUGGGAGAACCAGUUCGCGGCUGUGGCAUCUGAUACGCCGAGCUUGGAGCCCGCGCCCAUUAAGCAUGAAAAGGGGAUGACACUGCAUGAGUGGUGUUUGGCGGGGUGGGGGAUGCCGAUUGGAGAGUAUUUUGAUUUGGAGGAGUUGGCGACGUAUUGUAGGGAGAAAGGGAGGUGGGGGUUCUUUUUGUGUAGUGUGCCGUUGAAGGUUCCUGGGGGUGUGGCUAGUCCGCCUAAUGCAGUGGCUAUUUUGUGA